AUGAACGCCAGCGUCGACCUGUCCCGUCGCAAUCCGCAGGAGGAUUUCGAGCUGAUCCAGAGGAUAGGAAGCGGCACCUACGGCGAUGUGUACAAGGCUCGUAAUGUAAACACGGGAGAGCUGGCAGCUAUCAAAGUCAUCAAACUGGAGCCAGGAGAAGACUUUGCUGUUGUCCAGCAGGAGAUCCUGAUGAUGAAGGAUUGUAAGCACUCCAACAUCGUGGCCUACUUUGGCAGCUAUCUCCGACGUGACAAGUUAUGGAUCAGCAUGGAGUACUGCGGGGGAGGUUCUCUCCAAGACAUCUAUCAUGUAACUGGGCCUUUGUUAGAGUCUCAAAUAGCCUACAUGUCACGGGAGACCCUGCAGGGUUUAUACUACCUUCACAAUAAAGGCAAAAUGCACAGAGACAUCAAGGGUGCCAACAUCCUUUUGACAGACAACGGUUAUGUCAAACUAGCCGACUUUGGUGUAUCAGCACAGAUCACUGCAACUCUGGCCAAGAGGAAGUCAUUCAUUGGAACACCUUACUGGAUGGCUCCAGAGGUGGCGGCAGUGGAGAGGAAAGGAGGUUACAACCAGCUGUGUGAUAUCUGGGCCGUGGGCAUUACCGCAAUAGAGCUGGCCGAGUUGCAGCCGCCCAUGUUUGAGCUGCAUCCCAUGAGAGCUCUUUUUUUAAUGACUAAGAGUAAUUUCCAGCCACCCAAGUUGAAAGACAAGGUCAAGUGGACAGACAACUUUCACCAUUUUGUAAAAGUAGCCCUGACCAAGAACCCAAAGAAGAGGCCAACAGCAGAGAAACUACUACAGCACCCGUUCGUGUCUCAGCCUUUGAGCAGGACGCUGGCUAAAGAGCUGCUGGACCGAGCCAAAAACCCCGACCACAACAACUACAACGACUUUGACGACGACGACCCCGAACCGGAGUCUCCAGUGUCCGUCCCUCACCGGAUUCGCUCCACCAGCAGAAGCACCCGAGAAGGAAAGACGCUUUCUGAGAUUAACUUCGGUCAGGUGAAAUUUGACCCUCCAUUGCGGAAGGAAACGGAACCUCAUCAUGAACCGUGUGAUUCUGAGCCCUAUCUGGACUGUGUUGAGGAGCUCUACUAUACCGCGAGAUCUAAUCUGGAUUUGCAGUUGGAUUACAGCCACGAUUCGAGUCUGCUUGGAGGAAACAAGAGUCUUCUCAAAUCGGUGGAGGAGGAGCUGCAACAGAGGGGCCAUGUGGCACACUUAGGGGAGGAUGAGGAUGAUGAUGGUGCAGAUGAUGAAACUCACACUCAUAAGAUGAACACUAUCCUGAGGCCAAAGGUCCCGCCCCCGCUUCCGCCCAAGCCCAAGUCCAUCAGCUCGCCGCAGCCCAAACAGGACGACGGCCAAUCGCACAGCGAGGACGACGGCGGUGGCGGCAACAGCGGCACUGUCAAGCGCUGUCCGGCCCCUCAGACGGCCAGCCCCGCCAAGCCCGCCUCCAAUGUGCCCCCGCGACCGCCGCCCCCGAGGCUGCCGCCGCACCGUCGCAGCAGCCUAGGAAACGGGUUAAACUCCUCACACAAUGGUGAGCGCAACAGUCCUGCUGACAGACAACAGUCAACUAUGCCCCCUAGCGUUCCCAUACGGAAGGACAAGAAAGAUGUUCCGAUGCCAAGUAGCAACGGGCUCCCGCCUACACCCAAAGUUCAUAUGGGUGCGUGUUUCUCCAAGGUGUUCAACGGCUGCCCUUUAAAGAUCCAUUGUGCCACUUCUUGGAUCAACCCAGAUACCAGAGAUCAAUAUUUAAUAUUUGGCGCCGAAGAAGGAAUUUACACGCUGAACCUUAAUGAGCUUCAUGAGACCACAAUGGAACAGCUCUUCCCCCGCCGGUGCACGUGGUUGUACGUCAUGAACAAUAAUCUUCUGUCAGUGUCUGGAAAAGCCUCCCAGCUGUACUCGCACGGCCUGCCGGGGCUUUUCGACCAGGCCCGACAGCUGCAGAAGUUGCCAGUAGCCAUUCCCACACACAAGCUGCCUGAUAAGAUGAUACCAAGGAAGUUUGCAGUUUCCACCAAAAUUCCAGACACUAAAGGGUGCCAAAAAUGCUGCGUAGUGCGCAACCCAUACACAGGCCACAAGUACCUCUGCGGGGCCUUUCAGUCCCAUGUAAUGCUGCUGGAGUGGGUGGAAUCCAUGCAGAAGUUCAUGCUAAUCAAGACCAUCGACUUCCCUCUGCCGUGCCCGCUCGAGGUGUUUGAGAUGUUGGUGGUCCCGGAGCAGACCUACCCUCUCAUCUGCGUGGCGGUCAGUAAAGGGAGCGAGCUCAACCAGGUGGUCCGCUUCGGCACCGUCAACCCUAAUCCCAACGCUACCUCCUCCUGGUUCACAGAGACAGACACGCCUCAAACGUGUGUGAUUCACGUCACGCAGCUGGAGAGGGACACCAUCCUCGUCUGUCUCGACCGGUGUAUCAAGAUCGUCAAUCUCCAGGGCAGGCUGAAAUCCAGCAGGAAGUUGUCUGCCGAGCUCACCUUCAAUUUCCAAAUUGAGUCCACAGUUUGUCUCCAAGAUAGCGUGCUGGCCUUCUGGAGGCACGGCAUGCAGGGGCGGAGUUUCAAGACCAACGAGAUCACGCAGGAGAUUUCAGACAGUACGCGCAUCUUCAGACUACUGGGAUCAGACAGGGUGGUGGUGCUAGAGAGCCGACCGACCGACAACCCGACAGCCCACAGCAACCUCUACAUCCUGGCGGGUCACGAAAACAGCUACUGA